GCCUAGGCACACACUGCAUGACAUUACUCAUCAUAUAGUUGAAUGUGUGACUGCCCAGUCCUGUCCCGUACCUGGCUGUCUAGGGCACUCGUAUCACCAUAAGUUUUGAUACUUCCAUGAAGAUUUGAAGAUACCAUAGUACCUUAGUCAUGUCGGAGGGAAAAGCUGACCUCGGGAAGAUGAAAACCAAGACAGUGGCCCUGGAUGAACUACUGCCACGACUUGGACAUCCAGGGAAGUUCCAAACAAUUACAUUCCUACUUCUUGCAUUGAACUAUUUUACAGUAUGUUUUAACCACGUUUGUAUGGCGUUUUACGGCUCAACGCCCAAACAUCAGUGUCAAGACAGAGCCAUAGAGGCUGGUAACACUACCAUUCUUGGUGUGACGUACGGGAAAUGUACUACAUCCUACAUCUUGGGUAAUGGACAAAAUACGACAAUCACGUGCAAGACUGAUCCAAAUGGGAUGUGGAGCUUCACUCCUUAUACGGAUCGGGAGACUACCAUCAUCACAGAGUGGGAUUUAGUAUGUGACGAUGUGUACCUGGGAAAGCUGGCCACAACUAUUUACUUCCUUGGAGUGAUGACCGGAGGUGUGGUGUUCGGGCAUAUCGCUGACUUUUUUGGGCGGAAGUGGACUAUGCUGAUAUGCCUGUACGUUCCUGUUGCCAUAGGGAUUGGCAUAUACUUUGUAACAACAUUCACCGCCUUUGCUGUUUUGAGAUUUUUCCAAGGGGUGUUUAUUCAGGGGCUGCAGACAUCAACGGUUGCCCUGGUGAUGGAGAUUGCGGUGCGGGAGUAUCGAGGAAUGGCAGGAGCAGUGUUCGAGUGCUACUGGGGUGCCGGGGUACUUAUCCUGGCCGGGUUAGCCUAUUUCAUCCAAACCUGGAGAUACAUACAACUGGCCAUAACUCUCUCUCCCAUCCUGCUGGUGUUCUAUAUAUGUUGGGUCCCAGAAUCGCCAAGAUGGUUGGUCAUGAAAGGGCGGUUCGACGAUGCAGAACAUGUUGUGAAGAGAAUUGCAAAGUUCAACAAGUUACCAUAUCCGGCUGACAUCAUGGCUGCCAUUCGAAAGGAAGGUGUGCCUUUCCAAGACAAAAGCAGGAAACAGUUUACUGCCCUGGACCUGAUGAAAACAUCAGUCAUCAGAAACAGGACAUUCCUGAUGUUUUUUCUUUGGUUCACUACGUCUAUUGGAUACUACGGCCUCACAUUUCAAAUGACUAGUCUAGCUGGGGACAAAUAUCUCAACUUCUUUAUUGGAUCCAUGGUGGAGAUGAUCGCCUACAUUGGUGUUGUAUACAUCAUUAAAAAAUUCGGCCGACGUAAACCUCUGGCUUUCUACUUCCUGGUGGGUGGAUCCUGUUGUAUCCUGGCUGGUGUGAUACCUUUUGCUGGAGAUGGUGACGACAUAGCUAAGGCAUCCACUAGUUUUGCCAUCGUUGGUCGAUUUGGUAUGGGUGGUGUGUUCAGUGUCAUAGUACUAUACACAUCCGAGUUAUACCCUACAGUCAUCAGGAGUAUCGGAAUGGGCUGCUGUUUUUUCCUAACCAGAGUAGGAGGCUUACUCGCACCUCAGAUUUUACUUCUGGGGGACUACACACACAAAUCGGUUCCUAUCAUAGCAUUUGGUGUGUUGGCUGUGAUUGGUGGAUUUGCAUCGCUGAUUUUACCGGAAACGCUCGGACGAAAACUUCCGGAUACUAUUGAAGAAGCAGAAAAUAUGAAAGGUAAACAGAUACUAACAUACCAGGACGACGCAGAGAACGUGGACAGUGGGAAACACCCUAAUGAAAAAUACAAGGCUGUUAAUGAGGGCUUCAGUGAGGAUACCCAUAUGUAGAGACAAUGCAAACAUCGUCUCCAGACGACGAAGGGAAACGUGUUCUACUUAAGAUGGACAUAUACUAUAAAUAUAUACUUGGAAAUACGAUAUUCUAACAGCUCUUAACCCAUUGUGUCUUAUUGUUAGGUGGUACAUUAAUACAAUUUAAAGAAAUGCUGACUUUAUUUUGUACAUAAUAUUCAUGUACACCGGUUUAAGAUAAAGCUUAGAUAAUACAAGAGUCUACCAGGGGAUUUGUUGUUACUGUUCGUGAUAGUAGUGUUUACUUCUAAUGACGGCAGUUUUUGUGUAAUAUUAAAGUAUAAUUAUUUACUACAGGAAAUAUAAAAAAAAUGCCGUGGUGACAUUGUAUUUAUUAUAUCUUUAUCUCGUGUUCACCUCUUUAUGACAUUCUCUUUUCCCGUUUCACUUUUUUCUUUGUAUUUUUAUACGUACAUCUUAUAUAUUUUUACUGGAGUGGUAUAUGUUGUCUAGUGAGUGUAUUCAGGGAAGAUUUCUUUAAUUACUCACGAAAUAUCUCCCUUUAAAAUAUUUUUUAUCAAACGAUACUUUUGCGCUUAUAGAGGUACUUAUUAUGUGUUAUUGUGUAACACUUUGAUGAAAAUCAAUAUUAGGAAUCCAUAUCUAUGUCUCAGAACCUAACACCUAAAUCUAGGAGGAGUUUGAUAGUUGGUUUCAGGAUAUUUAGCAAAUGUGUUUUCAUGGCCGGGGUCGUAUUUCAUGUAGUAAUGAUAUGUUGACAUUCAAUUUAUGUUUUCUACAAUUUCUCUUUAAAUGUCAUGACGUAAAAUCAUAUGUCGUCAUGGCGAUAUCUUUGACUUAAGUAUAUUUACUUUAUAAUAUGGUUAUUUUUGUGAUUAUAUUUUGCAUUAUAUAUAUUAAUACACAUAUAUAUGAAGUUUACAUCACAUUUACUCAUUUAUAUACAUAUAUUUUGAAUUUUUAAGCGUUGUUUGAUUUGCUAAUCAGUGUAUGGACUAAUUACAAUAUCAAUAAAGACUUUACAUAUUU